AAUUUUGUAAAUAGUGUAUAUAAUGUAAAUAGUGUAUAUAGCUUGAAAUCCGCUGGUAUCUUCACUUUUUCUCGUACAUUUUUUCUUCUAAUGGUGUUCACCGCUCGUUGCGUGUGCACGAAACACAGCACCUGGAGCCAUGGAAAUGUAUCGCCUGAUGCAUUACGAAUUGCAGAUCCUGAGGAGCUAAGGUUUUGCGAGGUUGAUAGUUCGAAGAACAAAGGCCGAAAAAGAAAGAUAUGUUUAGCUUGCCGUGGAAGACUUGCUGCCGAAAUAAAGUGCAUGCGACUCGAGGUACGUUUAUACUUCUACAAUUGCCAUGUUUUGUUUUCUCAUGUUUCAGACAUCUCUGUCGUUCGAUAAGCUUGUAUCUGAUUUUUUCGCACACAUAAACUUACGUCUCUUAGGUUAGUUUAUGGAAUACGUGCUAAUUUUUUUUAUUAAUUAUUUUAUCUGUUUGUUAUUUAGGAUCAACAAGCCAGUCAGUACACCACGGAAGAUAUGUGCGAUGUACCAGUUGUCGGCGAAGGUGAAAUUGACAACACCGAAUAUUCACCAAGCAGUCUACCUUCGUUUUCCAGCUCCAAACAUGUGCAAGUUUUGGAACUGCCUUUACGACCGUACAAGGACGCGGAAAAAAGGACUCAGCAAGUUAUGAGGUCAAAGACCAUCGAGGUUGUUGAAGACUGUGCUAACAAAUUUGUGCAUUAUAACGCGAAAGACAUACCUGAAUUUGUGAACGAUUUGUUGAAUUGCAAAAAGUGGAAGUCCACAUUUGGAAGUUGCCACAACAAGGUUGACCAGGAGAGUAUCUUCCUCACUAACCUUGCAGCUGAAUACAAACGCUGCAAGGACAAAGAUUUGAGUAAAGCGGUACGACUUCGAUCAGCAAAGCAAACCCAGAAAAUUUUGAUUGGACAGACUUUGAGGGACAGUAGAAUUUCUCUGAGUGGGGCAACCUCAGAGGUUUUCAAAUCGCGCGUUGAUGCAGCUAAAGAUCUUGGCAGGAUUCGAAGUUACUCUGAUGAAAAGAGAAGACUUUUGUCAAUUGUUGCAACAGAUUACUCAUAUUCAGUACUAGAAAAACUCUUCAAUUGUUCUUCGAAAAUGGUCACCGCCGCUAGAGUACAUUGCAUUUUAUUUGGGCGUGGGGGUGUCCCCAUGGACAAAUUCAAAUUUACCCGUCAAUGUGUUAGUUCCGAAGUGUUAAAGGAACUUUGCGAAUUUCUCCAUAGAGAUGAUAUAUCAAGGCCAUCGUCAUGCCGGAGUGUCUUGGUUGAAGGCGAGGAGACAGCUGUGAGGUACUGGCAGGAUACAGUCAAGGGACUUAUUAACCAGUACCUUCUGGAAUUCCCUAAUGGAGUGAAGAGGACCUACAUUUACACACACCUGCCAAUUAAUUUUCGAAUGAACACCAUGUUGGCAGGUCUGUGUAACUUGUGUGAUGAUUUUGGAUACUCCAAUUUUGAUGAACUCUGUGCUAUCAUCUCCGAGGUGUCAUCCAGUUGCUCUGAUGUCAAUGCAUCAGCCCUCUCCAAGGAUGUGAGACGCUAUCAGAAAUUUUUGAAGACAACAUUCCCUAAACUUGCUCAGAAGCAUUCUCCUUGCCUCGAACUUUGCUUGUCACAUGCGUUUGAUUCCUGUUCAGAAGAGCACAGCUCAGUUCUAACUGACAUUUCUCUAAUUUAUGAUGUGCAUAGUUCCCUUAUGCAAUCAAUUGAGUCCAUGAGUGAUGUUUCUGCCAAGGAUGAUUUAAAAGCCAGACUAGAAGAAGUGUAUAAGGUGCACUUUGACUAUUUGGGUCACCUUCUGCGUACCAAACAUCAAGGUGACUACUACAAAUUUGUUUUGAAGAAUUUGAAGCCUGGAGAGUGCGUUAUGGUCAUUGACUAUAAGAUGAAAUUGGAACUUGGGAAAAGGACCCGUGAGAUUCAGCGUGAUUGGUAUGGGAAGAGGGGGAUAUCACUGCAUGGAUGUUACAUUGUUGCACAGAUUGGAGAAAACGAAAAAAACUGUGAGGUGUUUGACUUGUGGUCAGAAGAUACCAAACAAGAUGCCUUCUUUACCCAAAGUGCAUUAGAUGUCUGUUUUACGUGGCUUGAGAGGGCCUUCCCAGGAUUCUCUGUUUAUCUAUUUUCUGGUAUGUGUGCAAUUUAUUUCCACUACAUGUUACAUUCAUACACUAUAAAUUAAAUAGUGAAAUGUUACAUACACUAUAUAUAUGUUGUAGUUUCAUUUUUUCACUGGUUUAUUUUUCAUCUUUCUUUGAUAUAUUUAUUAAAAUAUAUUAAACAAAAAACACAGAGAAAACAAGGGAAAAUAAAAGUUGAACCAAGGAUAAAAUUGAACUACAACAUAUAGAGUGUUUUCACUCACUUGACCAGCAGCUGUGUAACUUUAUUGGAACAAAGGAAAGUGUUUACAUGAGAGAAGAGUUCAAUUCCCCGUGAUUAGUGUGGGACACUAUCUUGACCGCCGUCUCAUUGUUUUGAGACACCUAUAUGGCCGCCAUGACAUCACGUUAAAACGCUCUAUACAUGUACAUACUGUACGUAAAACCUGAUCCAGAUACUUCAGUGAUCUAAAGGGAUAGGCACUACUCUUGCAAUCUGUCACCAGCUCAUGGGCUUCCAGAAACAUUUAAACAUUUAACUUAAAAGUUAACUGGGUUUUGAAAAGAGCUCUCAAGGCUUAUGGGAGUAAAUUUUGAACAACAAGAAUAAGGCACAUUUGGCUCUUUGUUUAGGUUAAAUACAUUCCAACAAUCACGUGUGGAAAGACGCCAGUUGCAGAACUGCAUUGUCAGGUUUUCUUUGUUUGUUAUAACGAUCUAAUACUGCAUUUAUUUUUUUAUUUCUCUUCAUGCAUAUAUUUUAAUGCCAGGAAGAUCAACAUCUAAUUCCACUUUCAAAUACGUUAUUAUUUUUAUAAUGCAAUAAAAAUGAUUCUAACACUUAUUAUACAUUAUAUCCACAGACAAUGGUCCUCAUUAUCAUAACACUGCAGUUCUAACAUACCUAAGUGAGGUUAAUGAAGUAUUCAACUUGAGCUUGUUGGAAUACAACAACUUUGAAGCUGGGGAAGGGAAGACGUCUCUUGACACCCACUUUGCCCACAUAUCCCACAAAAUUGUGCGAUAUGUUCGCCUGGGCAAUGAUCUGGAAACUGGAGAGGAGCUUGGACAGCUUGUGCAGGUAAAUUCAAUGCAGUUAAGAACAUAUAGUGAAUAUGGCUUCUGAUGUUUUGCUACACUGUAUGCACAUAUUUCAUUAAUUUUUUGAUACUUGAGCAGCAUAUUUAUUUUCAUAAAUAAUCAAAAAUGGAACUUAGGUUUUUGCUGGCAUUACACAGGUAUUGUAGUGAUUCACUUUAGGAGCCUCCUUCUAAUAUUUGGUCACUCUAAAAAGCUCCUUAAUAUAAACUAGGCACAUAUCCUUAUUUAGUGCCCAAUAAGCACUGUCCCUAAGUUGAGCAACCCAAAUUCAAUGCCCCCUCUAUCCAAUUCAAAAUAAUUUAUAACAAAAAGUACACAGGCUGAAUAAUGAUGACAUAGCAGACAAAAAUGGUAAACAUAACUCAAAGUAAGGGGUGACUGUCCCCAGGUGAUGAUAGAUACACCUUUUUGAGUAAAGGAACAAAAGUAUAUUAGUCAGCUUUGAUAUACACAGCACAUUGUUAUUUUUUUUUUCUUUUUUCUUUCUUUUUGAAAUAGAGCAUGAAGAAUGUAUCAUGUUUCCAGUUGUCCAUCGAAAGAAGUAGAGCUCCUAAGAAAAUGGGCACCUUCAAGGAUAUUUCCUUAUUUGGGAACUUCAUAUUUCCUCUUCAAGGAGAAUUUGCUGGGGGCAUCAUCGCACAUUCCUUGGCUGGUAUUGGCAAAGUUGUCAAAAAGACAAAGGUUCAGAUUCAAAAGAUCACUACAAGAAAUUCCCCCAUGGCUGGCUCAACAGGCUCUUCCAUCUCUUCGCAAUUACCAGUACCACAAACCAGAGAAGAGGGCUUACAAAGUCUCUCCAGCCAGGAUGUAUAUAGUGUACGUUUUAUAAACCAUGCACCUGAGCCACUACAGUCCCCAUCCUUUUUUCCGAGUGGAAGGAUUACCACAAAUCUGCAGCCAUCUAAUGGAUAUGCUUUAAAGAAAUCCUCUGGUAAGAGAGUAAUUUUCUCCUUGGCUCAAAAAGAAAUAAUGAUAUCUUUUUACAACCGACAAGCAUCAAGUGGUGUCAGAGCCGAUCCAAAAGAUGUCAUUGCAUGUAUGAGAGACGGGGGUGUAGAACUCCUUAAAGAGACACAAAUCCGUAGCUGGUGGAGUACCUACCAUCAGAAAAGGAAACAAACUUUGAAUGUCUUGCAAGAGGAAGCAUGUCAUUUGCAAAGGAGUAAUCCGUCUCCAAGCAUCCCUGGCUCGACCACUCCUGUGUCUGUCCCUGGCUCGACAGUACCUGUACAGCAGCCCACUCCUGUUUCUGUCCCUGGCUCGACAGUUCCUGUACAGCAGCCCACUCCUGUUUCCGUCCCUGGCUCGACAGUUCCUGUACAGCAGCCCACUCCUGUUUCCGUCCCUGGCUCAACAGUUCCUGUACAGCAGCCCACUCCUGUUUCCGUCCCUGGCUCAACAGUUCCUGUACUGCCGGCCACUCCUGUGUCUGGCCCUGGCUUGACAGUUCCUGUACAGCAGCCCACUCCUGUUUCCGUCCCUGGCUCGACAGUUCCUGUACAGGAGCUCACUCCUGUUUCCGUCCCUGGCUCAACAGUUCCUGUACAGCAACCCACUCCUGUUUCCGUCCCUGGCUUGACAGUUCCUGUACAGCAGCCCACCCCAAUUUCCGUCCCUGGCUCGACAGUUCCCGUACAGCACCCCACUCCUGUCUCUGUCCCUGGCUCGACAGUUCCUGUACAGCAGCCCGCUCCUGUGUCUGUCCCUGGCUCGACAACAUCUGUACAGCAGCCCGCUCCUGUGCCUAGACGGCAGCCUAACCCUGUGUGUGCCCAUACCUCAACAGUUCCUACCACUGUGUCCCAGUCAACUAUACAGCCUACCCUGGUUCUAAACAACACUUCACGUUCUGCUACAGCCCCCUUUGGUGUAAUUACAGGGUACACAGUUCCCGGCUUAACAGACAUAUUACAGUGGACCUUCCCAGCAGACUUCUGCCAGUCAACUUUAGGAGGAAGAAGUGGCAGUAAUGCUUGUACUUUCAUUGCCUUGUACUUUGGACACCUCUACCUCCAUUGGAAGUUGCCACCUCCACUCCACAGUGUUCUUUCAAUGGAGUGGAAGUCUGCACUGUACAAAGCAAUGAAAAAGGGAAAUGAAAUCCAUGAUGAAUUGUUCGAAGGAGAGGGAGUGGAUGUGGCCGUGGAAGAUGCUGUGGAAAUGGCAGGGACAGAAUGCUUUGUUCAGUACAUAGGACAAGGUCUUGAUCUUAUUGGAAGCGACUGCGAAGAUCAAUUGGCAGAAGUAAUGGAAAUGUUGAGUACGUCUACCCCACCAUCCAGUUGCAAUGUGGUGGUCACUAGAGGGAGAAGUUUCCUUUUUAUUGUAAAUAAAGAUCGAUCAUGUAUGAUAGUGGACUCACAUAGGCAUGUAAACGUAGGAGCAAUGAUUGCUUAUUGCCCUUCAAAGUGUACAAGGAUGUUAGCCAAGUGGGUCAGAACUAUGUUCCGAGAGACAUGGCAAUGCGAUUUGAGAGCCUGUUCUGUCACUCCCAUUUUCUAUAGUACUGUAUAA